AGAAAAAAUGCUCACGAUUAUGUUCUUCUCUGAGCUGCACAGGUGGUGACGACCGGUUUCAGCAAAGUGUGGUGGUAGACAUUCAUUGAUCACUUAUUAUGUGUUGAAGCAAACCACCACGCGAAGCUUUUAUUGUGCUCUACUUAGAGUUAGAAUAAGACACACUUUCUCGUCCUUCCCGUACAAGAACAACGAGCAUAAAAGAGAUAGAAAACCAUGGCACUAAAACGCAAGAAAGGUUCUUCAGCCCCUGGUGGUGGCAAACCUGCUAAACGAGCUACGAACAAGUUCGAGGAAGACGAAGAUCUUCACAUGCAACUACCUUCCAAGGACAGCAUGCUGAACGAGGAUAAGCAAGGUGGUACUAGAAGAAAGAAAGACCGCUUCGACGUUGCUGCCGAGAAGGAAGUGGGACGUCUUAGUUGGGGCAAAAAAGGGCAAGAUUUCUAUGGCGGGUCAGAUGUGGAAAGCGAAGCAGAUGCCUCUGAUGUCGAAAACGAAUUGAGGGAGAAAGCCGAAAAACGAAAAGCAUUGGUCAAUCGAGCACAAGCUUUUUUCAAAGAUGAUUCAGAUUCGGAUGCAUCAGAAGAUGGAGACGAUGACGAAGAUGACUCCGAAUCCGAUGACUCCGAAUCCGGUGACGGACAAGGUACUAUAGCGUUUUUGAUUUUUUCGUCUAGAUUAGCCAAUUCUAAAACUAACGAAAACUACGAAAUACGAAUCAACUCUAAAAGUAACAACUACUACUACGAAGUGCUUGUUCAUCACACUUGGUAGUUUCUUAUUUUUAGCAUCUUCGAAAAUAUGUAGGUACUGAAUCCGGAACCAAGAAGAGGCGGAAGGCAGUGGACGAUCAAGAAGAGAAUAUUUCUCUGACUACCAGCACCAGCGCGCAAGACGUUGGAGCCUCUCCAACUUCAUCAAUUUCCACAUUGAAAGAUGGGUCAACGUCGAACUUGCUAGCUAUGAAGCAGAAGAAGUUUCUCUUAGAGAAACAGGCUCCCGAAUUAGCAGGCCUACUGCAGGAAUACGUGGAAGAGCUGACACUUGUAGAAGACGUCUUACUGCCGUAUAUGGCAGAAUCCGAAGCAGCAGAUUCCUCGGAGUUGUCAGGAGAAGCAGAUUCCUCGAUGCUGACGUACGUAAAAGAACGUGUAGCGUUUGCAAGACAAUAUCUUGCCUUGCUGUCUUUUUACCUCCACAAAAAGCGGGAUGUCUUAGCAGGAGAGGAGAUAUUGACAGGUACGAUUUUUUCAUUAUUCCAGUACUAAUUCGUCCCCUAUUUGUUAUGUUAAUCCUAAGCCCCUAGUACUAACUUGCUUCUAGGACGACGUAUUUUUUCGUCCCUUUCUAACCCUAGUGCAAUUCAAUACUUAUUUAACAUGCAACGCUCAACCUCAAAACUCCACCUCCUAGUGCAAUUCAAUACUUCAACAUGCAACGCUCAACUCCUUCGCCUUCUAUAAUUCCAAAGGUGCCCCAGCGACAACCAAAUCCAGUGAUAUUUUCGCACAACAUCCGGUUUUCGAGCAUGUUUUGGAAUUACGACAAGUUCGAACUGAAUUUCGGGAACGCGACAAAGAAAUGAUUCAGAAACUCUUAGACGCAGGAGAUGUAGAUGGGGAGGGAGACGCAGAUGAGGAUGGUCGUGAAGAGGAGGACGAUGGUCGUGAAGAGGAGGACGAUGUUCUUGAAGAGGAGGAUGAUGAAGAUCUUGAGGACCAGGAGGAAGAGGAAGAUCUCGAGGAAGAAGAAGAUCUUGAGGAAGGUCUUGAGGACCAGGAGGAAGAGGAAGGUCUUGAGGAAGAGGAAGAUCUUGAGGAAGGUCUUGAGGAAGGCUGUAGCGAUUUAGAAGACGAAGAAGCUACAAGUUGUAGAACUUUUCCAUCCAAAUCAAAAAAACGAAUUUCGAGUGCCGCGACUUCAUCCUCCUCAAAUUUGACGACAUCAACUAGUGCUAAACCUUCUCCUUCUACUUCUAGUACAGUAUGUACUCGUACAACACCGCUGACAGCGAAAGAGCGAAUGCAGCUGAAGAUGCAGAUGUUGAAGGAGAAAACAAACCCUACUAGUCGCAGUUCUAAGAACAGUCGAAACCUGCAGUCCUCCCAGUGUGUAGACCUACAAGCAAAACCUGCAGCACCCGGCAUGCGUCGAAACGAAGUUUCCCUAGUGCGUGAAGACAGUGCAGCGGACCCGACUUUGGGUGUACGAGCGUCCACGAAGGGGCAAAAUCAACUAGAGCAGUACGUGGCUCAGGGUCAACGUGCUCUCCUAGAGGACACAGACGAUGCGAAAUUGAAGCGAGCAUUGAAAACUUCUAGCGAUGUCCAGGUAGAAUUCAAGCGACGCGACAAGAGACACGACAGAAUUGAAGAUCAGGACCUGCCUUCUGAUUUCGACAACGACGAAAUUCUAGAGCAAAAAGACGCUACUAAAAAACCAAGGAUUAAAGACAUAUUAGGAACAGCCAAUGCUGAGGACAACGCUCAAGAGGAAGAAGAGGUGCUGGACUAUUCUUCGCUGACUCCUGGACAGAGAGAGCACAUGGAAGUUGCGGAUAACGAAGCAAGACAUGCAACUAAGAAGAUCCUGCAGAAUAGGGGAUUGGUUCGUUUGCGUCCCAAGAAGGAUCGCAACAGCCGUGUCAAGCAUAGAAGAAAAUACGAAAAAGCUGUGAAGAACCGCAAGACGGUGGUGCAGCAGAUGCGGUUGCCCCAAGAAGGAGUCUACAAGGGAGAAAUGACAGGAAUCAGAACUAACGUUGUCAAAUCACACAAAUUGUAGAAGAUGAAGUGUUGAUGUGCGUCUCGGAGAUGAAGUGUUGUGGGACUCGGAUUCGAACCUGUUGUUCUUGAUGUUGUAACGCUGAGUAUUUUUUCUAUUUCUGACUAAAAACUACAUCAAUAUACAAAUUGCAUCCAUCUUCACUUGAAUUUUUCUCCAAAAUUUGAAUCUUUCCACGCAAUGACGCGACCCGCAUUGUCGUCGUAUGAUUUCCAGUAGUAAAAAGGCCUCUUAUAAUGGUAAUCCGUCGAUGUUCUUCUUCUUAUCAAUUUUUCCGGCCGCCUGAUGAUAACGUGGCCCUUUCU